CGUGUGAGGCAAAAAAACAUUUGGUUCAGCAAAACUUCGCUUAAAUUACGAAAGAAAAACUUAGUAGACCAUUUCAGCAUGUCAGUUGAUCCACUAUCAAUCGAUAAUUUCACAAGUCAAUCUGAGAUCUGCGAAGAAAGCGAGUUUCUGGCAAAUAUAGGAUUACUAUCAACGACAACAAUGUCGCGUCAUCAAUUGAAGAAACCCAGAAAGAUGGUGGCGGCAUGGCAAAACGAUGAGUUAUUUAUUAAACGCCCCGAUUUCGACAAUCGUAGCAGGAUUUCUGAAAAGCCAGCGAUGCAGGUGAGGAUUAAGCCAGAGGGGUCGUCCAAAAGGAAAGCGAACUUUACAAAAAAGCCGUCCAAAAUAUCAGUAGCCGUUUUGGAGGACGAGAAAGAGAUGGAAAAGGAGCAGGAUCCCUACUCCAAUGAUUUUAUACUUGGCAAGAGAUUGUACAACUUCCUGAAGUACCUCAGCUCUCACCGUUGGAUUUGGUGUGAGUUCGUGGACUCCUUCCUGGACAAGCCGACCCUGACCAUGGGCUACGAUAUGAAGCGCUUCAUAGCGGAGUACUGUCCGCUUCUGCACUCUUGCUUCAUGCCCCGUAGAGGAUGGCAAUUGGUACGCCGGAAUAUGGGGAAGGCGCGUCGAUUUUCGCCCGCCUUCAUCGAGCUGGAACGCGAAGAAUUGGAGUGCCAGCGCCGCAUUGUGCGCCAGUUGCAGCAGCAUCAGUUCAAUCCCAAGGAGAACGUGGGCUACUUGGACCAGAUACCCAAGCGUGUGCCCCUGCCACUGGCCAAGGAUGCCAAGGUCAGCAGUUUUCUGCACGGACACUCCUUCGAGGGCAUUGUCAAUGGCAUUGUCAUGGGCUACGAUCCGCAGGACUACACCUAUCUGGUUCGAUUCAGUAGAAAUGACAAUGCAGUCGUUCUCUGUCUUACGGACUCACAGCUCUAUUCCGACGAGGAAACCGCGGCGGUUCCCUUGUCCAUUAUUAUGCGCGGCAACCAAUCGAACGCGAUUACUUCAGAGAGCGCCAAGACCGAGAAGUUCGGAAACAUGAGGUACACCAAGGAACUUCUGGAAUCAGUGCUGAAGGUCGGUAAACUACAGGAUGUCAAGCACAAGAUCCUCAUGGACUUGGCCCGAAUGAAUGAGGACUUCGAGACAUUCAAGGAGAUUGGUUCUUCAAAUGGUCGUCGCGAUGCCAAGGUCACACCUCAGCGUGAGAAUCUCCAGCGUCGCUAUUCGACCAGCAUGAUAACGCUGCACCGAGUGAACGCUGAUAUCCUUGAACCGCUGCGCAUCCUGCACGACUUCCUGGUCGAGUAUCAGAAGCAGGACGAGGAGGAGGAGGCCAAAAGAGGUCGCCCAGCCAGCGAAGUCUAUCAGAAGUGUCGCAUGCAGGCGGAACAGGACCUCAAGACUGCCGCGGAUGAGAAAUUCCUGAAGAUAGAAUCGGAUCGCACGCAGGAGUUCGUCCGCAACCUUCACACCAUACUGUAUCUCAAUGGGAAGCUGGGGCGCGAGAACAGCUCCAACUUGGAGCCGAUUAUCGCUGAUUUGGUUACCCACAUGGUGGACAACAUCCAGCCGUCGCUGGGCCGGAAAUUAAAAGAUGGCGUUGAUGCCCUGGAGCCCCUGCGUCAGCAGGUGGUUAAAAUAUUCAAAGACGUCAAAAAACCGGAGCGCUUCCAAAUCACCCAGCAGGCUCCGAUGCAAACCGAGGAUGGCAUCUACAACUUUGUGGUCGAGGCACAGCCGGAUUCUCCCAGCUAAACACACUACUACUACUGGCCCUUUGGAAUACUGAAAUAAAGCCUCGCUCUUAUUUA